CUCUGUGGUAAGGGUCCCCAAGUGGGGCCGAGCAAGGGUCAUUCAAGAGCAUUGGUCCUGCACCCACAAAUACAUCAAGCUUUUCCCUCCUCCAUCAGCCUCUUAAAUCCCAAUGAGGUCACUGCAAUGAGAGAGAAUCAGAUCCAGAGAGGGGGAGAGGAAGAGGACGACGACGAGGAAGAACAAACCCAGACAGAAAAAGGCCAUCAGACAAGGUCGCUUUUUCUGGCGACACAGCAACUGUGAGGAGCGUGGUGCUGAAUAUCAUCCGCCCGCUCAGCCUGGGGACCGAGGGACUCGUAGAAGCACUUCGUGUUACCACGAAAACAAAGGAAAGGAGACCGAGCGAGAGGGUGAGAGAUGCUCUGAGCGGUCCCGCUUAGGAUCUGGGGAAGCAAAGCUCGUGUACUUGCGGGGAAAGAAAAGGGAGCCUGAAAGGGUCCCGGAAGCAGAGGAGAGAACGGGAUUUCCCUGCGGAGACUUGGGACGCGGCAGAACUCUGGACAGCGCCUGGACUCCGGAGCAGAGCUCCCAGCUCCCUGGCUCCCCCAGGCUUCUGGCUCCUUAUUGAAAGCCCUUUCUACCAGUGUGCUCUCCUCUCCUGGACUCCGACCACCGACUGGGAAAAUCCUUCUAUGAUCCCUGUCUGAACGUGCCAGGGGUGGAGCAACUCUGCUUCUGACCCAGUCAGGGAAGAAGGUCUCCGGUUCUGGAAAUCCAGUCCUUGUGGAUAAUGCUUCUCUGGUGAAGAAAGAAAAGUUUUGGGGUCUGGUAGCGGGCAGAGGGGAUAAAGAGGAGAGUGGAAGGAAGAAGGUGGAUGGUCGGCUUCCCUCUCUGACCUGGAAGGAAUGAUGACCGAAGAAGGAUGUGCACCAGCGGCCAGAUUAUUGGGAGCCUCCUGGUGCUCUCCGUGCUGGAGAUAGGGCUGGGGGCGUCCAGCGUGGCAGUGGGGGCGGUCAGCUUCAGCCUGGCCCUCCGAGAGCACAAGCCGCAGCUUGGAGACUCGUCCCCGUUUCUUCUUUGUGGCAUAUGUGGAAUAUUGUGCGCCAAAAAAAAAUCUGGACUUGUCAUGAUCCUCUUUUCCGCCUGCUGCAUCUGCGGGCUCAUUGGGGGCAUCCUGAAUUUUCAGUUCCUCCGAGCAGUGACGAAGAAGACCUCUUCCCUCUACCCCCUGCAUCUCGCCUCCAUGUCUCUCGCGUGCAUUGGGAUCGGAGGCUGCACCCUCUCUUCGUGGCUUACUUGUCGACUAGCCAGCUAUGAACAGAGGAGGAUGUUCUCAGAAAGGGAGCAUUCUCUGCAUCACUCUCAUGAAAUGGCUGAGAAAAGAUUGAGGGCUAUUGAAAUAACCGACUUGCCCAGCUGCCCGGUGGUGCCCCCGACACCAGAGUUACCUACAAGGAAAUGACAGACAACAUGAGCAACGGAGGACCACAGCUGAUAUUUAAUGGAAGAAUAUAAUCAAUAUUUUAAAGAACUGAACAUUUUUCAUGAGGCAAAGAAAAACCAAAGGACUAGGAGAUAAGUUAAAAUAGUUCUUGAAUUUGCUGUUAUCUCUCCUGAGUACUCGCUGAAAUUCUUCUUCAAUUUUGCCUCACUUUAUUUCUUCAGCUUUUUUUUUUUUUUAUUACUGGUGAAAAACUUUCCAGAAAUAUUCUAAUACAGUAAUUUCAAUCAACUUUCCAGACCAUUCUAUAAAAGACUUUGCAGGAAAGAAAAAAUAGAUAAAAUAGAAAGAUUCAUAUUCUACACAAACACUAUUUGACUAGCAUGAAUGUUAGAUUUGUAAUGACAUAUUUCAUAUAAGUAAUUAAAAAGUGCAAAUAUCAAGAAAUAACAAUAACUUACCAAUGUCUUUGUUCUGAAAGACGAUGGCUUCAAAGAAUGCCACAAUUUAAAACCUCAGCAAUGCCUUGUUGUAAAAACAUUGUAAUUAUUUUCAAUUUGUGAAUGAACUAUGUUUCAUAAUUUUCUUGUAAAUUAACAAAACACAAAACAUAAAAAGAGGGUUUUUUUUAGAGAGAGAGAGAGAAUAUUAAUCUGUAUGAUAUUUUUGCACAAAAGAACAAAGAGUUAUAAAUGAAUAUCACUUAAGGAAAAGAAGUAACUUUUGAUUAUACUGUGCAGAUUGACAUGCAUGUUUGUGAAUGAGCCUAAGAAUAAAGUAUGUUUGUGUGUAUGUGUAUAUUUGUAAAUAUAGAAAAUAUUAUAUAGCUCAUAUUUAUAACAUUCAUGGAUGUAAAUAUGUAGUAGAAAAGAAACUGUGAUGCUGUGGGAGUAUUAUCAAGAUUCUAUUCCCAUAGAAAUGGGAAAGUGGUUUUUCAAGACUUUUCUCUGCCCACAGAGUCACAUUUAAUUUCUACUAAAUUUUCUUAGUUUUAUUUCUUUUAUUAUGUCUGUUAUGUGUAAAUAUCACUGUGGCUGAAAUUUAUGGGGUGGAGUGGUCUGAAUAGUAUCAAGACAAACUGCUUAAUUAUUUGGCAAUCUAUUAUUUUGGUAUUUAUGUAAGAACAAUUAAUACUGAUUUAUAAACAUAAUUUAAUUCAGAUACUUCCAUGUUUAUAAAUAUAGAUAGAAUUACUUGCAAUUACGACACUUAUAUUUCAAAUACAUUAUAGCCCAAUUAAAGUUAUAUAAAAGGACAGAUGAUGUACGCCCAAAAGAUGAAGUUACAGUUAGCUUUGUUAGAAUUUAAUUUAGGAUUUUUGUUUUGUUUUACAAUUCACAUGGAGAAAUACAGACAGAUCAUUCUCAAGAAUGCCUAUACCCAAAGACCCUGAAAGAGAGCUCUGUAGAAGGAAGCGAAAAAAUAGGCUUAUGUUUAAAUAGCUAGAUUCAGUCCUUCACUUCCAUAAAGGAAUGUUAAAAUAUUAACCUAUGAUACUAUAUAUCGGAGAAAAAACAGCAUGGUCUUUGAAAAUAUUUAUGAGAAUAUAACUUGUGGCAAUUCAUUUCUGUUUAUUUGAUGCCAUAAUUAUGAAUGAUUUUUAAACACUGAAAAUCUGAAUUAUAUAAUACAGGUAUUUUGUGUAUAUACGGUUCUGCUGCAUUUAUGCAAGGAUGUAGUUUCAUACUGAAAGAAUAACUACCAACUCUCAUUUUAGGUGGCAUUUCUUUGUAGACAUGUUUGCACAACACAGAGUUAUAAUAUGUCAGUAAGAUGUUUUAAUGCCUUUUGAAAUAAUAAAGAAAUCACCCAUAAAGGACAAAAGCAGGCACAUGACUGCUUUGACAUAGAGUUAAGAAGAGAUGCCAUCGUCACAGUUAUCCAAGUAAUCUAUAAUGUAUUUAACCAAGUAUAGAUAGAUCUUUGAUUAUUUUAAUAUCUAGCCCAGCAUUUUCAGGACUCAGUUAUUUAGAAUCAUUUAUUUGGGAUGUGCAGUGAUUCUUUUUGAGGUAAGUAGGGGAAGUUAGGAAGAUAUUUGUCAAGUAUUUGAAAACUAAAUUUUCAAAAAACUUUGAACUAGAAUAUUUUAAGUGACUACAUUACAGUUUUAGUAUGAGCCUACCCUUGGGAAAAAGUAAUGUGAUACUAAAUUAGAAAAAAAAAAUGUGACACUAAUAUGGUGGUGUGCCAUGGAGACUAGAUACUAAAAGGUCCAGUAAUUAUAAGCAUAAAAGAAGUGAACUCUGUUUAAAAUUUUUCAACAUAUGUGUGUGUCUCUACACAUACAUAUAUACAGUUGUUUAGAAGUGGAACAUGGUAUGAUAACUCUAUUGAUUUGUCUGUGUAAUAAAUGGUGUGUUUUGAAACUUA